CCGGGUACCGAGAGUCCAAACGAAAUUCACCAAUACAAACAGAGACAAAAACCGAUCAGUCAAAUGGUAUACGAAGAAGAACGUAAAAAAUCUGCAUCAAAAAAUGAUUUUUUCAUCCUCUUUACGACUGCAGAAAAUUGCAAUGUCGAACUUCCGAAACACUCUGGAAUUGUAGAUGGAAAAGUUUUUAGGGACUAUUUUGGACCAUUUGCUGGCAGAGCAUACAAGUCCAUUAUGGCCAAGUCCACGCCCCCUAUCCGUGAUAAAGUUAAGAAUAUCCAUACCACUUCUCACGGGAAACUUUGCAGA